CCACAAUUCAUAGCGAAAGCGCUUCCUCCUUCACUCGGCUCCCUAUGACAGAUUUCCACGCAAUGCUAACGUCGCUCAGCAGGGGUUCAGUGAGAUUGAUAGAGCUGUAAGAUGUCGAUGGUGGUCUUUGCCUCUGUGGUUCGGGUUGGGGAUGGACUGCCUCUGUCUGCAUCCACUGACUAUGAGCAGGACAGAGAGCUUCAGGACACCAAAAGGCACCUCAAAGCUCUGUCCAAGAAACUCAGUCACUUCCCUGAUCGCUGCAUGCUGAAGACUGGGCAAUACAAUAUCAAUUUUACAAGCUCACUGGGUGUAGGAUAUUUGAUGGUGUGCACUGCAAAUUACCCCAGCGUGCUGGCGUUCUGCUUCCUGGACGAGCUGCAGAAGGAAUUCAUUGUCACUUACGACACCAAGAGGAUCAGCAGCGCUGUGCGGCCGUACUCUUUCAUUGAAUUUGACAUCUUCAUCCAGAAGACAAAGCAGCGCUACAACAGCCCACGCUCUCUGACCACCAGGAUCAACCUGUCUGAUAUGCAGACUGAAAUUAAGCUGCGGCCACCCUACCAGCUCUCCUCUGACGACCUGCGAGCCAUCAAUGGCUUCUCGCUGCACUCAUCCUCUAAGUACAAGGGCAUAGCCCCCACUCAGAUGCUGCAGCCCAUGAGUCUGCCUGGUUUUGUGUCCUGUGUGCUCAGUGUCCUCUGUGGAGGCCUGAACCUGCUGCGAGGAGUUCAUGCUAUUGAGAGCAUCCUUCAGAACACAGAUGAAGACUUCAGUUAUGUGAUUGCCUUCUUCCUCGGCACUGCUGCCUGUCUGUAUCAGUGCUACCUGUUUGCCUAUUUCUCUGUGUGGAGGAACAGUAAGUCCUUUCUGGCAUUUGCACUCAUCUGUCUGUCCAACAUGUAUUUGUAUGAACUGAGGAACAUGUGGCAGAUCCUCUUCCAUGUGGCGGUGGGGGCCUUCAUGACCCUGCAGAUCAGACUGAGGCAGCCGCUGGGCAAGGCACCGGACUACAACGUCUGACAAGCACGUCACACAAAAGGACCUUGAGAGUUCCCCACUCACAUCCUAGAAGCAGGGAUGACUCUGGCCUGUCUAAAGGUGAAAGAAAAAUGUGCUGCUCACACACCUUCUGUGCUGGACGGCGAACAUCUCAGUGAGCUCCACUCUGUCUGCACAGCCAGAGUUUUGUCUUUGGUCUAUGCAAUGCUGUGUGUGUGUGUGUGUGUGUGUGUGUGUGUGUGUGUGUGUGUGUGUGUGUGUGUGUGUGUGUGUGUGUGUGUGUGUGUGUGUGUGUGUGUGUGUGUGUGUGUGCGCAUGCAUGCGUGCAUUUCUUUAAGAUCUUUUGAGGCCUCAUGACAAAGAAACACAUUUCAUCAUAAUUGUUCUGUCAAACCUUUACUUACUGGAUGAAGGUUUCCUCUUCGUACCUCUAAGGAUGACCACCUGAGAACAAAAACAUCACUCUGGUUGAACAGCUUCCAACCUGUACACACAUGACCUUUGACCUCAUCUGAAAAGGUCACAGCUCUACAGUCAGGACUCCGUUCUUGUGUUGUUUUUGCAGCUUCAGAUUUGUAAGAUGUGCUGUCGACAGCUUUGUUCUAUUUAUUUACUCGCUGCUUGUUGACAUGUGCUUAGUGAGGCUUCAUACAGAGUGUAUUAUGAUUUUUUUUUUAUUUAGAACUGAUUUAUGUUUGUGAAAUGUGCUCCAAUUUACUCACAGACUGAAUUGGAUUUGUCACAAGUUCUUUGGAUGCAGCAGACAGCGCCUCUGGUUCACAUCCUGCUUACAGGCCCCCACAGGGUCAGCACACCGACAUCUAUUAAACAGCAGGAAAAAUACACCAUCUGCAUCGUCUCAGCCCCUCACUGUACAAAACUUUUGAAUCAGGCAUGGUGCUUUUAAUUUAUUUUGACACUGAUCAUCAUAAGAGUGCUUGAUUAUAAUUAAACACUUGCACGACCUUGUUCGGUUGGUCAUUACCCAAGUUCACGACCACAGGUGAGAAUGUAAAUUAACUGGCAAUACAGAAAUUAGAUUCCUCCGUCCAGUUUCUGGGCUUACACUCAGAGACAGGGUGAGAAGAUCGAAUAUCCAGGGGGACUCGGAGUAGAGCUGCUGCUUCUUUGCUUGGAAAGCAGCCAGCUGAGGUGGUUUGGGUAUCUGGUGAGGAUACCCCUGUUCAUCCCCUUACGGAGGACUUCCAGGCACAUCCAACUGAGAGGAGGCCCUGAGGAAGACUCAGGACACGCUGGAGGGAUUGUAUUUCCCAGCUGGCUUGGGAACACUUUGAAAUCCCCCAGAAAGAGGGCUUGGUUGUGGAUUGGGAAGUGUGGGGUUAUUUAUCUACUUGGUCUACUGCCCACCAGCACGUUGGACAUGGGGCUGAAAAUUAAUGAAUGAAUGAAUAAAUAAUAGAUUUUACUGCUCAGCCAAAAUUCCGUAUUGGGCGGUGGCAGAGUGUGCGUUUUGUCCGCGAGUUAAGGCUGGUGUAUGCUACAGCACUUUCAGUCAGUGGGGCUGUGGUUUAUAGUACACACCCUUACUGGGAGCAACAUGGAACAGGACCUGUGCAUGUGGAUCAAAAUGGCGCCCACAUGCAGUGUUGCUACAGUUUACACCAGCCUUUCAUCUCCAUUAGCUUUGUAUCCGUGAACACGAUUGUUUCUCCUCAUUCUUUGUACACUGCUGCAGCUGUGUCUCUUACAGCAUAUAUUGAUGCCAGGAAUAUAGGGUGUCCCAAAAAAAUAUACAGCAUUUAAAACACUCAGUUUGACCCUUAAAUGCUACAAACUUCAUCACUUAUGUUUCUUUUUUACUUGCAGAGACCCUGAAGUUUAUGUUGAUGCCAAGCAUUGAUGCAUUGAAGGAAAACAUCUGCCGAGAAAUCCGAAACAUUCCUCAGGACACUUUCCCUAAAGCGUUUGCAGGCUGUAAUUGGCCAACGCGGGGCCUACAUUGAACAUGUUGUCUAAGAGACUGACAAAUUGCAGGGCCAGUAUUGACAUUGGUAUGAAAAACUUCAACCUUUCAGCUUUCUAUCCAGCCAUAAAUUUAUUUCCUAGACAUAUGCAUUGACCAUUUUCUUUGCUGAUAAAAUGUUGCAUAUUUUUUUGGGAUACCCGAUAUAUGCUGUAACAGUGUCCAGCCACAGAUUAUUAGUCUGACUGAACCUGACACUUUCAUUUUUUGUAGAUUGGCUUUAUGCAUGUGGCACCUUCUUGAACAGUCUUGGCAAAUAAUGGCAGAUGGUAAACAAUCAGGACAAGCCUUUGUUAUAUUUUGUUCACCAUCAGUUGAAUAAGUGUGCAAUGACUGAUGUAACAUCACCUUAAAAUUCUGUCUCAUGGAAGCAAAAAUGGAAAAACAUGACCGACAUGCAGCUGUGUUCGUGUCCAUCUGGCACUUCCACUACACGUCUGUCAGGGGAUUGCCGCACCAUUUCAGCCUCAUGACUCAUCACGCUCCACCAGUGCUCUGUCCAGCAGCAGGACCACACCUACAUGACCUCAUCAUUUCUACAAUAUGACCCAAUCGAUUGGCUCCAAUGUUCUUUGUCAGCUCAGAGUGUUUGUACUCUCAGUAGUUACAGCUGAGCAUUGUGGGUAUGUUUGUAUGUUAGGUGACACAUGUAGAGAAUGAAUGCAUUUAAAAGCAAAUUUGUUGGAUUUGUUGUACACUGUUGUAACUGGUAAUAUCAUGACAUUUUCCAUUAAAUUAUAACGCACUGUCAUUG